UGAUCGAUUGUUUAUUACAAUCAUUUACAAUGGCUACAAGUAGUGGCUUGACAUAUGGUGGUUAUAGCUACAGCUUUGUUGAUGAUGAUCCUCCCAAUGAGUAUCUAUGCCACAUCUGUACACUGGUAGCACGGGAUCCUCAACAAGUUACCUGCUGCUCCAAUAUAUACUGUAAGAGCUGUCUGGAUACACUAAAAGAGAAGGGCCAAGGGUUUAUCUGCCCAACUUGUCGUAGCUCACUAGAAGGAAAGUACUUUAAAGAUGGAAGAGUAGAAAGGGGAAUAAAGUCACUUAAGGUUUAUUGUACUAACACUGAUAAUGGGUGCCAAUGGAUGGGGACUAUUAGGGAUAUUGAUACUCAUCUUAAUAGUUGUACCUAUCAACUGGUACCUUGUACUAAUUGUGGAGUGAAGAUGAGGAGAAGUAAACUGAUGACACAUCUGACAAACAAUUGUCCUAAACGAAUAGUUAACUGUCAGUAUUGCAAGCAAAGAGGCACACACCAACUGAUAACAAGCAGGAGCCAUUUAAAGGAGUGUCCUAGCUUCCCAAUCCAAUGCAGUAAUGAAGGCUGCAAUGAGAAGAUACCACGAUGUUUACUAGCAUCACACAAUGAGACCUGCCCUAAAGCAAUCGUACCAUGUGAAUACAAUACUGUUGGAUGUAAUAAGGUAAUGAGGAGAGAAGAACAAGAGAAACAUAACAAAGAAGCAAUAAACCAACAUCUUGAUAUAGCAAUUAAGAAGAUUGAUGCUCUACAGGUACUACUUCCAAAAAAUCAUGUCUUGAAAAUAAAUCAAUACACAAAAAAGAAAAAAGAAGGUGAAGAUUGGUAUAGUCCAGGCUUCUACACAUCACCAGGAGGAUACAAGAUGUCAUUAAAUGUUGAUGUUAAUGGAUAUGGUGAUGGUAAAGGUACACACGUCUCUUGCUUCAUAUGUCUGAUGGCAGGAGAAUAUGAUGAUAUAUUGGAGUGGCCAUUUCAAGGAGAAAUUACAAUAGAACUACUGAAUCAACUGGAGGAUAAGAAUCAUAUGAAACGUAUCAUACCAUUUAAUGAAUCAACACCACCUGAACAAAAGCAAAGAGUAAAUGAAGGUAGAAGCACAGGAUUGGGCCAUCAUAGGUUCAUAUCACAUGAAGUUUUAAAGUAUAAUCCAUUUACUAAUCGUCAGUAUCUUAAAGAUGAUAGUCUGUACUUUAGAAUCAGUAUAAAGGUUACAUCGAAGACAAAGCCAUGGCUAGCAUUGACAUAAACAUACACCCUUAUGUACUCUUUUUAUUAUGUAUCAUUUUCUCUUGAGGGAAGGUGACAUAUUUUUUUGAAUCAUACCAAGAUGUACUUGCACAAUAUUAAUGUUUGUAUGCUUGUAUGACAGUGAUAAUACUCUUUUAUAUUAUUUUAUAUAGUACACAUAAACAUAUAUAUUACUCAGUCUUUUUCUUAUCCUCAUUAAAAUUAUAAUUGGCAUUAUGCAUACACUACACCUUAACUCUUACUUUACUAAUGUUUUAUCACCAAUC